AUGUCCAACAAGGUCAUCGCGCACAUCGACACCCCGGAUCCCUGGAUGGUCCAGGCCAAUGGCGUCUACUACCUCACCUUCACCCUGGCCAACCGCAUCGAGAUAUGGGAGUCGCCGCUGAUGGAGGACUUCUUCAACGCCCGCAAGGCCCUCGUCUGGCAGCCUGAGCCCGGCUCGCGCUGGGCCGCCGACAUCUGGGCGCCCGAGCUGCACCUCAUCAAGGGCGUCUGGUACAUCUACGCCACGGCCUCGCAGCCCGGCGUGGGCAACCCGGGCCACCGCACCAUCGUCCUGCGGUCGGCGCGCCAGGACCCCAUGGACGAGUCCGCCUGGGAGUUCCUCGGCCCGCUCAAAGGCAUGCCCGAGGCGUUCAGCAUCGACGCGACCGUCUUCAGCCCCAACGGCGAGGACCUGUACAUCUGCUGGUCCGGGUGGCCGGUCGGCGACAACUCGGACACCAAGCAGGACCUCUACGUGACCCAGAUGAUCUCGCCCGAAGAGGUCGUGGACUCGUCGAUCCUCCCGCCGGCGUGCAUCGCGUGUGCCGACCUGCCCUGGGAGCGGUUCGACGGCGGGAGGCGCGGGAUCAACGAGGGUCCGACGUGGCUCAACCUGCCCAACGGCGCGUUCACGGGGAUCGUGUUCUCGGGACACGCCAGCUUCACGAGCGAGUACAAGCUGGGGUUGCUGCGGCUGGUCGCGCCGAACGCUGAUCCCCUGGAUCCGAAGUCGUGGGAGAAGAGACCGGUGCCGCUGCUGAUGAACGACAAGUCGAUGCCUGGACCGUAUGCUCCUGGUCAUGCCAGCUUCCUGCUCAGCUCCGAACCGGGAGACGACAAGGUGUUCUGCAUCUACCACGCGACGGACAAUUGGGGCGAGGGCUUUGCCAACCGCAAGGCGCGAGUGAUGGUGAUGGGACCCGAGCACUUUGCGCCGGAUGCACAGCCAAUCUGCUGCUCCAAGGCACCCGGCAAUCCGUUCUGGAGAGGAGGUGCUGCUGUUGAUCCUCCGCAGGGGACGCUCUCGAGGAGAUCCACGGCGAGGCAGAAGAUUGACGAAUUUGCUAGUAAGGCGCCUGGUCCCGUGAAGAAGGCGUUGGAUAAGGUGCAGAAGUUUUUUUAA